AUGUCCACAGGGUUCUCCUUCGGGAGCAGCACGCUGGGUUCCUCCACCGUGGCCGCUGGCGGGAGCGGCACGGGUGGAGGUUUCUCCUUCGGGACUGGGACGUCCAGCAACCCUUCUGUGGGGCUCAAUUUUGGGACCCUUGGGAGUACCUCCACUCCAGCGACGACAUCUGCUUCUGGUGGCUUUGGAACCAGCCUCUUUGGAUCUAAACCUGCCACGGGGUUCACUCUGGGAGGAACGAGCACAGGAACGGCAGCCACAACAUCUGCAUCUACGACAGGCUUCAGUUUAGGCUUCACUAAACCCGCAGCGUCCGCCACGCCCUUUGCGCUGCCCGUCGCCUCUACCUCGGCCAGCGGUCUCACGCUCUCGUCUGCACUGACAUCCACUCCUGCAGCAUCCACAGGAUUUACCCUGAAUAACUUGAGUGGAACAGCAGCCACAACUACCACUGCCUCAACAGGCCUCUCUUUAGGAGGGGCCUUGACUGGUUUGGGAGGCUCACUUUUUCAAGGUACAAGCACAUCAACAUCAGGACUUGGACAGAGUGCUUUAGGCUUGACUCUGGGAACUACAUCAGCUACUUCAGCCGCUGGCAAUGAAGGCCUCGGAGGUAUAGAUUUUAGUAGCUCAUCGGAUAAGAAGAGUGAUAAAACAGGAACAAGACCAGAGGACAGUAAAGCACUGAAGGAUGAGACUCUGCCUGCUGUCAUCUGCCAGGACGUUGACAACCUCCAGAGAUUUGUGAAGGAACAAAAACAGGUUCAAGAAGAAAUUAGUAGAAUGUCUUCAAAAGCAAUGCUUAAAGUCCAGGAAGAUAUUAAAGCUCUGAAGCAGCUUUUGUCACUGGCUGCCAGUGGAUUGCAGAGGAACACUCUCAAUAUUGACAAGCUGAAAAUAGAAACCGCUCAGGAGCUAAAAAAUGCUGAAAUAGCUUUAAGAACCCAGAAAACACCACCUGGAUUGCAACAUGAAAAUACAGCUCCUGCUGACUACUUCAGGAUCCUGGUUCAGCAGUUUGAGGUGCAGCUCCAGCAGUACCGACAGCAGAUUGAGGAGCUGGAGAACCAUCUUGCCACCCAAGCAAACAAUUCACAUAUCACCCCACAAGAUUUGUCAAUGGCUAUGCAGAAAAUUUAUCAAACAUUUGUAGCUUUAGCUGCACAGCUUCAGUCUAUUCAUGAAAAUGUGAAGGUGCUCAAAGAACAGUACCUUGGCUACAGGAAAAUGUUCUUGGGAGAUGCUGUGGAUGUGUUCGAAGCCAGGCGAGCAGAAGCCAAGAAGUGGCAGAACGCACCCCGAGUCACUACUGGACCCACCCCCUUCAGCAACAUGCCAAACGCAGCAGCCGUUGCCAUGGCUGCAACUCUUACACAGCAGCAGCAGCCUGCUACAGGGCCACAGCCAUCUCUGGGAGUUAGUUUUGGAGCGCCAUUCGGCUCAGGUAUUGGCACUGGCUUGCAGUCAAGUGGCCUAGGUUCUUCAAACCUUGGAGGCUUUGGAACUAGCUCUGGUUUUGGAUGCAGCACCACAGGGGCCUCCACAUUUGGAUUUGGAACAACAAAUAAACCCUCAGGAAGUCUUAGUGCAGGCUUUGGCAGCUCAAGUACAUCUGGGUUUAACUUCAGCAAUCCUGGCAUCACGGCAUCAGCGGGUUUGACAUUUGGGGUGUCCAAUCCUGCCUCUGCAGGCUUUGGGACAGGAGGACAACUCCUUCAGUUGAAGAAACCUCCAGCUGGAAACAAAAGAGGAAAAAGAUAA